UUGCGUGGCGUGGGGGAAAUCUCCCUGGGUUUGAGGACAGAUACGUCAGGUUGCUUCUUGCACACUGGAUCACAAAGCUGCGAGAGAGUGUGGCUCAUAGGCACAAAGCAGGAGAGGCAGAGAGAGGCUGCACAUCAUAGGCUCAGAGAGAGCAAACCUCAUCCGAAGCACGGCAGCUACAGAGGACCAUGGCAUUUGCAGGGAUGCUGAACGACGAGGACAUCAAGGCUGCGGUCCAGGCUUGUCAAACUCCAGGCACAUUUGACUUCAAGUCAUUCUUUGCACAAGUGGGACUGACCAGCAUAUCUGAGGCAGAUGGAAAAAAAGUGUUUACAGUUCUGGAUCAAGACAAGAGUGGGUACAUUGAGGAGGAGGAGCUCAAACGGUUCCUUCAGAAUUUCUUCCCAGGGGCGAGAGAGCUGACUGUGGCUGAGACCAAGACUCUGAUGGCUGCAGGAGAUAAAGAUGGAGAUGGCAAGAUUGGGAUGGAAGAGUUCUGCGAUAUCCUGAAAUAAAGAGAAUAGAUGUGUGUGACCACGACUGUCUAUCCUUAUUCUGAAUAAUGGAAUUUUUAUGGAAAUCCUGACUUUCCAGAUUGAUGCAAAAACCAGAAACCUCAGAUAAUCUGUACCUGCCUGCUGCUCUCCCUGGUGAUGUGAUACAGUAACAAUAAGGUGUAUAAGAAGAUGUUUUUUUGGUUUGGUUGUUGUUGUUUUUUUUAUUUUUGACAGACCGGCAAAAGCUGGAUAUUAGUUGUGUGUGUUUAAUCAAU